GCCUCAAGUCAAGACGGUGACUGCUGCUUCAGCGAGAAGCAAAAAAGAGAGAAUUGGUCUGGGAAGAAAAAAAAAAAGUCAAGCAGCCAACAAGUAAACUAAAGGGACGUUGUCCUGCAUAUAUGUUGCGAAAUGUUCCAUCUGUUUCCUCUGUCUGCUGCGUGACCAACCCGAGAAUAAAAGUGAUAUAUUAAUAGUUAGAUUUGAACAGACAUAGGACCUGUGCGCUCUUCUCACGAUGUACAUGGGGAGGUGCUGCAUGUGUUGAGUGCACCUGGUCGACGUCACGGCUCUAGUGUACUGACAAGCCUGCGAACGAGCGCUACUUCCUCAAACACACGGCAGGAUCUCAAAGCAAGAGAAAGGAAGACGAGAUUAAGAAAAAAAGAAGACAGAAGCAUAUUGCAGAGACUCGUUGUUGAUUGCAAGAGGAGGAAGCUGGGUGACAGAUCACCAUGGCUCCCUUCCUGCGAAUCGCCUUCAAUGCCUAUGAUCUAGGGGCCCUGCCUCCACUUUCUGACCAGCCCUUUUGUGCUAUCAAGAUGAAGGAGUCUCUGAGCACAGAGCGGGGGAAGACUUUGGUUCAGCGGAAGCCCACCAUGUACCCGGCCUGGAAGUCCAGCUUUGAUGCCCACAUCUACGAGGGGCGUGUGCUGCAGGUGGUGCUCAUGAAGACGGCCGAGGAGCCCCUGUCUGAGGUCACCGUGGGCGUUUCCGUGCUCGCUGAGCGCUGCAAGAAGGGCAACGGCCAUGCCGAGUUCUGGGUUGACCUGCAGCCCUCAGGGAAGGUGAUGAUGGCAGUGCAGUACUUCCUGGAGGACACAGACACAGAUUGCAAGCAGUCUGUGAAGGAGGAGGACGGGGCGCUGACGCUCAACCGCCGACGCGGUGCCAUCAAGCAGGCCAAGAUCCAUUUCAUCAAAAACCACGAGUUCAUAGCCACCUUCUUCAGACAGCCCACCUUCUGCUCCGUGUGCAGGGAGUUUGUCUGGGGGCUGAAUAAGCAAGGCUACAAGUGCAGACAAUGCAAUGCUGCGAUCCACAAGAAAUGCAUCGACAAAAUCAUCGGGAGAUGUACAGGAACGGCGGCCAACAGCCGAGACACCGUGUUCCAGAAGGAGCGUUUCAAGAUCGAUAUGCCGCACCGCUUCAAGACCUACAACUACAUGAGCCCCACCUUCUGCGACCAUUGCGGCAGCCUCCUGUGGGGCCUGGUUAAGCAAGGACUCAAGUGUGAAGAUUGCGCAAUGAACGUCCAUCACAAGUGCCAGACCAAAGUGGCUAACCUGUGUGGGAUCAACCAGAAGCUGCUGGCCGAGGCACUGACCCAAGUCAGCCAGAAGCACAGUGUAGCACCGAAAUCCACCAGGCGGUCGGACACCAACCUGGCAGACAUUGGGAUCUACCAGGAUUUCAACAAGAGUCCUGGGCUGGAUGUUGGUGGUGAUAGUCUUCCGUACGGGAAGCUGUGGGAAGGCACCACUCCUCGGCCCGUGCCACGUGUCACCCACCAAACACGCAUCAAUGUUGACAACUUUGUCUUCCACAAGGUGCUGGGCAAGGGCAGCUUCGGCAAGGUCCUGUUGGCUGAGCUGAAAGGGCGCGGGGAGUAUUUUGCUGUGAAAGCCCUGAAGAAGGACGUGGUCCUCAUGGAUGAUGAUGUCGAAUGCACUAUGGUGGAGAAGAGAGUGCUGGCACUAGCCUGGGACAACCCCUUCCUCACACACCUCUAUUCCACCUUCCAGACCAAGGAACACCUGUUCUUUGUGAUGGAGUACCUGAAUGGUGGAGACUUGAUGUUUCACAUACAGGAGAAGGGCCGCUUCGACCUGUUCAGAGCCACGUUUUACUCAGCCGAGAUAGUCUGUGGGCUGCAGUUUCUCCACACGAAAGGAAUUAUCUACAGAGACCUGAAGCUGGACAAUGUGAUGCUGGACCGGGACGGGCACAUUAAGAUAGCGGAUUUUGGGAUGUGCAAAGAGAACGUGUUUGGGGAGAACCGCGCCACAACUUUCUGCGGAACGCCGGACUACAUCGCGCCUGAGAUCCUGCUGGGACAGAAGUACUCCUUCUCAGUAGACUGGUGGUCAUUUGGGGUGCUAGUGUACGAGAUGCUGAUUGGCCAGUCUCCGUUCCAUGGCGACGACGAGGACGAGCUCUUCGAGUCCAUCCGCAUGGACAUGCCACACUACCCUCGCUGGAUCACCAAGGAGAGCAAGGACCUGCUGGAGAAGUUGUUUGAGCGUGACCCCACACGCAGGCUGGGCGUCAUCGGCAACAUCCGCUCACACCCGUUCUUCAAGACCAUCAACUGGGUUGCCCUGGAACGGAGGGAGGUGGAUCCCCCCUUCAAGCCCAAAGUGAAAGCCCCCAACGACUGUAGCAAUUUUGACCGGGAGUUCCUGAGUGAGAAACCGCGCCUCUCCCACAGCGACAAGAACUUCAUUGACUCCAUGGACCAGACAGCUUUCGCUGGCUUCUCCUUCAUCAACCCUAAGAUGGAACAUCUACUGGAAAAGUGAGGGGGCAGGUCAUUCCCAGGCCAUACCUCCAUUCCAAUACCUAAUAGUGUAAAUGGGGAAACAGUGAAACCAGUGUUAGAUUUCCACUGUCAAGGGUUGGUCUCUUGGUCUCUUUUCUGUCCUGAUCAAACUUAAAAUCAGUGAAAUAUUUAAUGUACUGUAUUGUGAUUGUAAUAUACCUUGUGUAAGCACACACACCCACCCUUCUACUUCAAAAAAAAAAAAAAAAAGAUGGGACAUUGUACUGUUUAGAUGUUAAUAUAUGCAUGCUAGGAUAUCCAGGGUGAGGGUGUGGUUUAUGUCUCAUGGUUGUAUUGAGGGGUGUGUCGGGUAGAGUAUUCCCCUGGGGCAGGAACUUGGAGGGAAUCCAGCCUGAAUAAGGGGAGAUGCAGCAGCUGUCUGAAGAAGCACAAUCACUAAGACUGAGAUCGGAGGCCUCGGCCAGUCCUUUGCAUGCACCGCCCAAGACCCUGCAAUCUCACAGUACGCUGUGUUACUUAGCUCUCAGCAAGCAAUAACAGCAUCUCAGAGGUCACUGCACAGAGAGAGACAUCCUCUUUUCAGCGGCCGCAUGAGAUGCCCGUGUAGAAACUACCAUUCGCAUCACUGCAUAAAAUGAGACAAAGCAAGAAAAGCAAAAAGGGAGUCGAAAAAGCUAUCACGUUUACAGAUGUUCAUUCUAUGUUCUGAUCCCACUGUUUCUUUCCCACCUCCCGAGUUUGAAAGUCUCUAGGCCAUUUUGCAGUCAGCCCAGGCCUUUGGUCCAAUGUAGUGCUCUCCAGCCCAGCUGAACUAUCAAUGAGUCCAGCUGUUAAGAACAGCUGCAGUUAUUUAUAUUUUUUUAUGAACUUACCGUAGUUGUAAUGGACCUGAUAGUCCCCUCAUCCCAGGUACAAGUAAGACAGACUAUGUCAUUGAAUAUGUCAUUUAUUGUAGAUGCGUACCAUUCUGUCUGGCUAGCACCAGUUGUGCCCACUCAGAGUCUGUCACCCCCUGGUGGUGUAAUCCUGGUUCAGCACUGGGCAUGGGAGUUGUGUUCACUGCCCAGCAUGAACCCUGACCUGCUGUCACAUUGUGAAUGGUUUGUUCCAUUAGCGGUGUAAUGGGAAGUGGGUAUGGCAGGUGACCCCCGCCAGAGGAAGUGAUGUCACUCUGAAGGGUGGGGACAAAUCCUGCACUUAUGUCAAACGGAUAAGUGUAAAUGUGUGUAAUGUUACUUGAAUGUAAUUAUUUUAACAAGAAUCAGUAAAGUGCUGUAUAUAUAUAUAUUUGUUCUAACAUGUUAUCGGUGCG